AUGUUUCAACAAUACUGAACAGAUGGCAUUGGUAUGCUUGUGUUUUCGUACUAUACAUCCAUAUAAUCCAUUUCCAUAUGUUCCGCUUAGCACAAAUCCUGUGAUGUCUACAUAUUACAUUCGUGCUUGUAACUGUGCUAUAAGUCAUUUCUAACAAUUGUUUUAUGAAGUAACAUGUAAUAUGGCCUUUUUAAAUGGAUUUUACAAGUAUUUCACAUUGAAGCAAUGAUAAUACUGACAGACAAUCGAAAAAGUAUUUGAGCUCUCACACGAUUGUCACGUUUGUCCGAUUGUUUAGUGACUGGUGCGUGCGUAGUAACUGCUUUCGAGUGUCGCGUAUAGUGAAUGACUCUUGAUCUGUCAAGAUAGAUGCAGUCUUUCGCGUAUCGUUCGUAAGAGAACUUAUGUUGUUUUCGCGAUUAUUGUGCCUGAUAACGCGUGCGCGUAGGCACUACAUUUUCUACAUUAUCGUAUCGCGGAAAAUCAUAACUUCCGCAGUCAUUCGUCUUCAGUCCAUUUUGGCCUAAUCUUAGCCUAACACUAGCUGUCUUGUUGAUCCUUACAUAGUCGACCGAUAGCCGUAACGAGAUGGCGGACGAUUCGAGCGUACGCGUUGCCGUGCGAAUAAGGCCUCAAAUAGCUCGUGAAGUGAUUGAUAUGUGCAGGAUUUGUACUCAGGUAUCUCAAGAGGCACCACAAGUUUUUCUUGGGCCCGAUAAGGCCUUUACGUACGAUUACGUUUUCGAUACUCAGGUAGAUCAAAACACGAUUUACGAGACGUGUGUAAGGCGUCUUGUAGAAGGUGCGUUGGAUGGCUAUAAUGCGACGGUCCUCGCCUAUGGACAGACCGGCUCGGGCAAAACUUAUACUAUGGGCACUGGUUUCGACGUUGAAGUCGACGAAACUAUCGUUGGGAUUAUACCUAGAGCUAUUAAACAUCUCUUCAACGGAAUAGCGGAUAAACAGGAACGUGCGAGAGAGCGCGUACAGAUGCCCCCAGAAUUUAAGGUUACAGCACAAUUUUUAGAAUUAUAUAAUGAAGAUUUGAAAGAUUUAUUAGAGCCAGGAGGACCGAGAGGUGGUGCGCGUAUUCACGAAGAUACGAUAGGUAAUAUACAUCUAGCUGGCGUGGAACCGCGCGUCGUAACCAGCCCCGAACAGGCAUUGGAGUAUCUUCGAUUGGGCGCUUUAUCGCGCACGACAGGAUCUACGCAAAUGAAUACGCAAUCUUCUAGAUCGCACGCGAUAUUUACAUUGUAUAUAAAACAGCAAAGAUGCAUCAAAGUCGAAGAUCCCGACGCGGACGUUGAUACGAGUGAUGUCGAACUAGCGAAUGAAUUUGAAACAUUAACUGCCAAGUUUCACUUUGUCGAUCUAGCCGGUUCUGAGAGACUAAAGAGAACAGGCGCUACUGGGGACAGAGCAAAAGAAGGCAUUUCUAUUAAUUGUGGAUUGUUAGCUUUGGGUAAUGUUAUUUCCGCUCUCGGUGAUAAAACGAAGAAAGCCUCACACAUACCGUACAGAGACUCAAAGUUAACCAGAUUGCUUCAAGAUUCUCUUGGAGGGAAUAGUCAAACCGUUAUGAUAGCGUGCGUAUCACCAAGUGACAGAGAUUUUAUGGAAACUUUAAGUACAUUGAAAUAUGCAAAUCGAGCAAGAAAUAUAAAGAAUAAAGUUACUAUUAACCAAGACAAAAGUUCGAGAACAAUCGUCUCGUUACGACGAGAAAUUCAACAACUUCAAUUGGAAUUAAUGGAAUAUAGGCAAGGCAAGAGAAUCAUAGGUGAAGACGGAAUUAACGACGCCUGGCAUGAAAAUCAAAUGUUGAGCAGUGAAUUACAAAGUCUUCGCACCAGAGUAAAAGCACUUUCGGAAACAGUUGAGGCACUAACUACGAAAAAUGCUCUCUUGUUGGCAGAGAAAGCAGCGGGUCAUUGGGUGGCAGUUUCGAUCAAAGGUGAUGACCAAAUGACUAAUUUGAUACAAGGCUAUGUUCAAGAAAUAGAAGAGUUAAGAGCUCGUUUAUUGGAAGCAGAAGCCAUGUAUCAACAAUUAAAGAAACGGCAAAUGCAGGUUAAUGCAGCGAAUCCAUAUGGGGAUAGUUCAUUUCAUUCCGAUUCCGCGUCUGUGUUAAUCGACGCUAAGAGAGAUGUCGAAAAAGAAAUGGAAACAUUACGAGCCUUAAAAGAACAAUACAGUUACAGUGGUAACACUAAACCAGUGGAUGAUGGAGAAAUAGAUGAUUCGGAGAACGCACCAGAUUCUGUAAGCGAAGAUGAUUCUGACGAUGAUUCCGAUCGUAAAGCGAUCCAAGUUAGGAACCAAUUUUCGAUUUCUGCGAAAGAAAUAACCGGUGACUUGCCAAAUCGUGCUGCAUUUAUCGGAACAACCAGUAAUCAGAAGGAGCAAUGUCCGAAGAAUACGGCGGAAGAAGACGAAGAAGAAGCGGCUAUGGGUCGUGAAUUGGAAGCACUAACGUCCGACAUUGACGUUAAACAGCGUUUGAUACAAGAGCUUGAGCUAUCUCAAAGACGUUUGCAAACUAUGAAACAGCAUUACGAGGAUAAAUUGUCUCAAUUGCAAGCUCGUAUCAGAGACACUCAAGAGGAAAGGGAUAAAGUGUUGAUGUCUUUGCAGCAACAACCUACACCACCUACUGAAAAAGUAAAAAAAUUACGCGAUGAAUACGAGAAGAAACUCUCUAACAUGCAAAAAGAAAUGCGACUUCUACAAUCUGCCAAAAAAGAACACGCAAGGUUAUUAAAGAAUCAGUCUCAAAAUGAAAAUAGGUUAAGAGGUCUGAGAAACGAGCUUUCGGAAAUGAAGAGAGCAAAGGUAAAGCUUUUGAAUAAAAUGCGAGAAGAAGCUCAGCGACAUAAAGAAAAUGAAUUGAGGCGCAAUAGAGAGAUAGCACACUUACGUAAAGAGAGUCGUAGGCAUGCAAACGUGAUUAGAACGCUGGAAGCUGAUAAGAGAAUGAAGGAAGUUGUUCUUCGACGUAAACAAGAAGAAGUAACGGCGUUACGAAAGAGAGAUAGAGGAUUGAGUCAAAAAGCUGCCGGUCGUGCACCAGUCAAACCACUCAAUCCUAAAGCAUUGAAGCAAAGAUGGCAGACAUUCGAGAGAACGAUUGCUAAACAAGCAUUAGCGAAACAAGCUGCUGCAGAAACAGAGAGAGAAAUGGAAAGACUGCUUCAAGAAAGAGAAGAAUUGGGAAGAGAUUUGGAGAAGCUUCAAAAACAUAGAAGUCAGAUUACAAGCGCGAAAAGUGAUACCGCUGAUAUUGAUGAAGAAAUUGAUAAUGUGGAAAGCAAAAUAAGUUAUCUACAGGAUAGUAUCGCGGAAUGUCAGCGGGAUAUGGUUGAGAUGGGCGAUGGUGAAGCAGAGGGUGAGCCUGGUGUCGAAACGCUUAUUUCUACAAUUCGAACGGUAGAUGAGGCACAGUACUUACUUCAACGGAUGCUGGCAUUUACCGUGGAACAAAGCUACAUAGCCGCGCAAAAGCAACUUGAGGUGCGAGAUAUGGAAUCACGGCUUAAUCAAGUUGCCCAAGAAAGCGAUGUACAACAUCAAUUAUUGGAGCACGUUCUACGUGACAGAGAUCUUUUAUCUCUCACGAAUAAUCAGAAUAACGUAUCAACUUACAGCCCAGCUAGUUCUAGGAGUUCCUCUCCUGACAAUGAAAGUUACGGCCCAAUUUUCGGCGAGGAAAGACAGCGCACUAACAAAGUUAGAAGGAGAACAACGCAACCACAAGAACUUCUCUAUGGUAUACAUGCCCCGGAAAAUGUAAAAGCAGACGAUCAGAAUCAAAAUCAUAAUCAUCCUCUUACCAGAGUUCCCAGUGCACCAGGUAGCCUAAAAGGACUGGUGUUGACAAGAAAUCAGUACAGUGGUAUUGUAACUGGUGGAUCGCCAACUUUGAGUCGUCGUGACAGCACAUCACCCAGAGCUCUGCGACGACCGAUUCAUCCAGGGGGAGGCUCUAUGGAGCAGGUAGUGCAUACGGAUAUAUCUUCACCUCCUGGGUCACCGACUACAUACAGACGAUUUAAUAGCCGCGAAGAGAACGUAUUCUCCAGACUAACUGCAAGCAGACAGCUAAUCGCGUCUGAACCACAACCAAUGAAAGGAAUUAUUUCUCAGUACCAGGGCAAGGUGCAACCACGAGCUAUUUUGCAAUGUUCUCACGUUGCGGAAGGACAUAGCAAAGCCGUUCUUACUAUAUGUGUGACGUCAGAUUUACUGUUCAGCGGCUCAAAAGAUCGCACAGUGAAAGUAUGGGACUUAGAAACGGGAAUUGAAAGUUUGACUUUAAGUGGGCAUCCUAAUAACGUUGUUGCCGUAAAGUAUUCUGCCGUUCAUCAGCUUCUGUUUAGUGUAUCUGCGGCAUACGUUAAAGUCUGGGAUUUAAGAACUGGUAGUAGCUGCGUAAAAACGUUGUUCUCUUCGGGUCAAACUCAGGCUGGUCCUAUUGCAUUAUCGACUCCGUCUAGGAUACUUCAAGUUCCUGUAGGUGAAACGACAAUUAACGAUGUAGCGCUUAGCUUGGAUGAGCAGGAACUAUAUACAGCAGCCAGUGAUAAAGUUAGAAUAUGGGAUCUUCGUAAAUUAACAUACACCGCUAAAUUAAGCACACCACACACAGCGGCUGUUAUGUGUUUGGCCGUUGCUGAGGAUGGUAGAGUAAUAGCGGGUAGCAAAGAUCAUCUGAUAUCUCUUGCCGAGCCUAAUAUAUCCGGACCGUCCGUUAGUUUAGCGCCACCGCAUUAUGAUGGAGUUCAAUGUUUAACGACAAUCAAUUCUACAUUAUUUUCCGGGUCUAGAGAUAUGUGCAUUAAGCGAUGGGAUCUAAGCAAAAUGGAGUUGGUACAAUCCCUGAACAACGCUCAUAAAGACUGGAUUUUGGGAUUAUGUAUGAUAAAUAACGGUUCCAUCAUGAUUUCGGGAUGUCGCGGUGGUAUAUUGAAGGCAUGGUCAGUUCCUAAGGAUUAUUUGGGGGAAUGUACGCCUAUCGGAGAGGUGCGAGCGCAUGUUUCUGCCAUCAAUGCUAUUGCGACCAAUCAGCAGCAUAUAUUUACAGCGAGCAAUGAGAGGGCCAGCUCGACAGGGGUGAUUGAUUCUCUUAUGCAUUAUGCAUUUCGUGUUAUGCAGACGUCUGUGCGGGGGCCCUUACCGUAUCAUAUGCGUGUCGCGAGACUCGCAAGAUGACGUGCAGCCAAGUAUGGUAAAACAAAGGUAUGAAACAUAAUUAAACGUGCGGAAAAAGUCACACGAAAAAAUGACACAAAAGGAAUCACUUUUGACGCAUUAGCACAAAAAAUACUAUUACUUUAAUAGUAAUAUUAUUUUGUACGAUAUGUAUUUAUUAUUAUUAGUCUAAUACAUUUUAUAGUAUUCAUUAUUAGAAUUGAUGACAUCGAAAAUACUUUAUUACGUUUAAAUUAGCAUGUAAUGUAAAUCCGGGAAAAUUUGAUUCAAAUUAGAUCCAUAUUUAAAUCAAAGAUUUGAUUCUAUUUAAUGUGAAAAUGUCAAAUUCGAUUCAAUUCGAACAUGUUAUCAAAGAUUUGAUUCAAUCUCACAAAUGCUUGUGAUUCACAUUCUCUACUCAUUAGUAUAUAUCAUAUGUAUUAUGUACCAGAUGUGCAUACUUUGAUUCAAUAAUUCGCGAUAUUAUAUAUUCCGAAUAAAGUAACGCUUUGGAUGUUGAUUUCAGCUCUGGGGAAGUGAAGCUGUGGCGUAUACCCGAUUCCUCAUUAUCUAUGUCUAUCUCUACAGUUUCCCUUUAAUUUUAUUUACUUUUUGCUUAUUGCAUUACUGAAUAUGCAUUUAUCUCAUAUUUUUGUGAUAAUGCGCAUGUUUAUCUAUAGUUUAUAUAUUUAAAUAUUUUAUACAUAAUGUGACAGUGAGACUGCUUUAUUUGUUUCGCCUGUGUAAUAUUCAUCGAAUAUUACUACAUAUCUUGCUCAACACUGUAUCAUAUAAUAUUAAUGCUCAAAGAAAGAGUAAAAUAUUUAAAAAUUAGGGUAGGUGAUACAAUUACUGUGCCUCUUAAGCCAGCUACUACCGCUUUUGGUUUUUUAAAAAAUUAAAAUUUUAUUUUUUUAUGUUUAAAUAAGUCUUAUUUAUAAUUUAAAAUUUUUCCUCAUAAACUAAAUUUUUUUUCACUUAAAAUAUUAAGAAAUCUUUGACUAAAAAUGCAAUUUAAAAGGGAAUGUUGAUGCUAUAGUUACUGUGGGUCUAAAAAUGCCCAUUUAUAAUUGCUGUACUGUAUAUACUAAAUAUCCACACUGAUUACUGUACCAUAGAAACUGAUUUAUGCUAGUUUUUGUGCUUGAGAUACUGUAUCGUAAAAACUGUGCUAUAGUCAUUAACAGAAUAGAUUAUGUUUAAGGUUAACUUGUUACCGCGAGAAGGCACAGUAAUUGCAAAUUAUCCCGUAGAUUAAGCUUAGCUAUUGUGCACAGUAAUAGAUACAAGACUUAAAUUGUAGUUUAGUUACUGGAAUAAAUAAAUAUAAAUAAAAAUAUGUAAAAAAUCAAUUAUGUUUAUAAUUUAAUAUAGCAUAGACGGUAUUUGAAAACACAUAAAAAAUUUUUUUCAAUGUAUAACAUAUUAUUAUGUAUAAUUCUUAGCCGUAUGUGACCUAUUUUUCCUUAAGGUUUCUGCUAAGCAUUGUGUAUAAGUCUCAUAAAAUCUAUGUGAAGAAUUUCAGUUAUUUAUUUUUACAUUUACAGUACUAAAUAGUAUUCUUCUUUCAGUUUAAAAAUAUUAAUUAAUAUUUAAACUUUAUUUUAAAAAAUUAUAAUUACCAAUUCAACAAUAAUUACAUAUUCUUCAAAAAGUAGAAGUAAGCAAAAAGACACAGUAAUCAGGGCACAGUAAUUAUAUCACCUACCCUACCGACAUAUUUUUCUUUUUAAAUUUGAGUGUGCUACUAUUUAAUAAUUAAAACCAGCGAUACACGAUACUUAUUUUCGUACAAGAUUGCUUGCUAGAUGGAAAUACUCUGUUCUGAUUGGUGCAUUUUCAUUAAUUUUCAGAAAUGACUCAAUCAAAACAAUAUUUCUAGCAAACAAUCUAAUACAAAAACAAGUAUACCACUAGCUUUCUUAUAUGUUUUAAAUAUAUAAAAGUUCAAUUCUGUAAAAUUUAUUCGAUGAAUUUUGAUGGUCAGCCCAUGAUGCCGGUAAUUCUGUUAGUUUGGGACUUUCUUAAAUCGAAUAAAUAUAUACGUAAUAUGUAAUAAUAAUACGUAAUAUGUAAUAAUAUUACAUUUUAUCUAUAACAUAUUGUCUAUAUUUACAUUUUAUAUAUUAUUUUUGUAAAUUACGUCAAUAUAAUUUAAUUGUUAUAAAAUCGAUUUUCAAAAUUAAACAUCGAAUUGAAUAUGUUUUAAAGAACCAUUUGAAUCAAAUUUAAAUGUACGAGAUCAUUCGUAUGUUGAGGGAAUUUGCAUAAUUUUUAACAAAAAUUGUAAUAUAUAUAUAAUUUUUAUUGUAAUUUUUUCCGGAAUUUUUAAAUGCAAAUAAGAACGAGAAAAUAAAUAUUACAAUUAAUAUUGCAUAAUUUGAAAAUGCCGAAAACGAUAUGGAAAGACCUAUGUCUACUAGAAUGUAAAAUGUGACGUCACACUUCACUUUAUACUGAUAUAAUGUCACAAUAAUAAACACUAAAAAACACCGCGCAUACGCAGUUGUCUGCUGGCGUAGUGAAGUAUUUCACAUAUGAAUAAUAUAGGGAUGGCGCAGCCUAUACUCUAAGUCGAUGGACGUCACAGUGCCAUUAGAAUCGUUUUCAAAGUCAAAAUUCAAAUAUUUUUUAUUUUUUCUAUUCAAUAAAUCGUAGAAACCAAAAAGAAAGAAAA